AUGAGCGUCCCCGACUACAUGCAGUGUGCUGAGGACCAUCAGACGCUGCUGGUGGUGGUCCAGCCUGUGGGCAUCGUUUCGGAGGAGAACUUCUUCAGGAUUUACCAGCGGAUCGCGUCCGUCAGCCAGAUCAGCGUGCGCGACUCCCAGCGAGUGCUGUACAUCCGCUACCGGCACCACUACCCGCCGGACAACAACGAGUGGGGCGACUUCCAGACCCACCGCAAGGUGGUGGGCCUCAUCACCAUCACCGACUGCUUCUCCGCCAAGGACUGGCCGCAGACCUUCGAGAAGUUCCACGUGCAGAAGGAGAUCUACGGCUCCACGCUCUACGACUCCCGCCUCUUCGUGUUUGGGCUGCAGGGUGAGGUGGCCGAGCAGCCGCGCACCGACGUGGCCUUCUACCCCAACUACGAGGACUGCCACACGGUGGAGAAGAGGAUUGAGGACUUCAUUGAGUCGCUCUUCAUUGUGCUGGAGUCCAAGCGGCUGGACAGAGCCACAGACAAGUCUGGGGACAAGAUCCCCCUCCUCUGUGUCCCCUUUGAGAAGAAGGACUUCGUGGGACUGGACACAGAUAGCAGACACUACAAGAAGCGGUGCCAGGGGCGCAUGCGGAAGCACGUCGGGGACCUGUGUCUGCAGGCUGGGAUGCUGCAGGACUCGCUGGUGCACUACCACAUGUCUGUGGAGCUGCUGCGCUCUGUUAACGACUUCCUGUGGCUCGGAGCUGCCCUCGAGGGGUUAUGCUCUGCCUCUGUCAUCUCUCACUACCCUGGUGGGACCGGCGGGAAGACUGGAGUAAGAAGGUUGCAGGGCAGUUCGCUCCCCACUGAGGCAGCCAACCGACACCGCCCAGGGGCGCAGGAAGUCCUCAUUGACCCAGGCGCGCUGACCACCAAUGGUAUCAAUCCUGACACCAGCACCGAGAUUGGCCGUGCCAAGAAUUGCCUGAGCCCCGAAGACAUCAUUGACAAGUACAAGGAGGCCAUCUCCUACUACAGCAAGUAUAAGAACGCUGGUGUGAUCGAGCUGGAGGCUUGUGUCAAAGCGGUGCGUGUUCUCGCAAUUCAGAAACGGAGCAUGGAGGCCUCGGAAUUCCUCCAGAAUGCAGUGUACAUUAACCUCCGCCAGCUCUCGGAGGAGGAGAAGAUCCAGCGUUACAGCAUCCUCUCUGAGCUGUACGAGCUCAUUGGCUUCCACCGCAAGGCGGCCUUCUUCAAGCGCGUGGCCGCCAUGCAGUGUGUGGCCCCCAGCAUCGCAGAGCCGGGCUGGCGGGCCUGCUACAAGCUGCUGCUGGAGACGCUGCCCGGCUACAGCCUGUCGCUGGACCCCAAGGACUUCAACAGAGGCACACACCGCGGCUGGGCCGCUGUGCAGAUGCGCCUGCUGCAUGAACUUGUCUACGCCUCCCGGAGAAUGGGCAACCCCGCGCUGUCCGUCCGCCACCUGUCCUUCCUCCUGCAGACCAUGAUGGACUUCCUGUCAGAUCAGGAGAAGAAAGACGUGACUCAGAGCCUGGAGACCUACACAUCCAAGUGUCCUGGGACCAUGGAGCCCAUCACACUGCCAGACGGCCUCACCUUGCCCCCAGUGCCCUUCACCAAGCUGCCCAUUGUCCGGCAUGUGAAGCUGUUGAACCUUCCUGUUAGCCUCCGGCCACAGAAAAUGAAAAGCCUGCUGGGCCAGAACAUGUCCACCAAGAGUCCCUUCAUCUACUCACCGAUUAUUGCGCACAACCGUGGGGAGGAACGCAGCAAGAAGAUAGACUUCCAGUGGGUCCAGGGCGAGGUGUGUGAAGUCCAGCUGAUGGUGUACAACCCCAUGCCAUUUGAACUCCGAGUGGAAAACAUGGGCCUCCUCACCAGCGGAGUGGAGUUCGAGUCUCUGCCUGCAGCGCUCUCUCUGCCCGCCGAGUCUGGUCUGUACCCUGUGACGCUGGUCGGGGUUCCUCAGACCACGGGGACCAUCACUGUUAAUGGUUACCACACCACAGUCUUUGGUGUCUUCAGUGACUGCUUGCUGGAUAACCUGCCCGGAGUGAAGACCAGCGGCUCCACUGUGGAGGUCAUCCCCGCCCUGCCCCGCCUCCAGAUCAGCACGUCCUUACCCAGGUCUGCACACUCACUGCAGCCCUCCUCAGGUGAUGAGGUGUCUACAAAUGUGUCUGUCCAGCUUUACAAUGGAGAAACCCAGCAACUUGUCAUUAAGUUAGAGAACAUAGGGACCGAACCUUUGGAGAACCUGGAAGUUACCUCAAAGAUUCUCACCACCAAAGAAAAACUGUACGGGGACUUCCUGAGCUGGAAGCUGGAGGAGACCCUGGCCCAGUUUCCCCUGCAGCCGGGCAAGACGGCCACGUUCACCGUCAACAUCAAAGUGAAGCUGGAUUUCUCUUGCCAGGAGAAUCUUCUCCAAGACCUCAGCGAUGAUGGGAUCAGCGUCAGUGGCUUCCCGCUCUCCAGUCCUUUCAGGCAGGUUGUCCGGCCCCGAGUGGACAGCAAACCCGCCAACCCUCCUGAGAGCAGCAAGACGGGCGACUUCAGCCACGUGAAGACUCUGGAAGCUGUCUUGAACUUUAAAUACUCCGGAGGCCCCGGCCAUGUGGAUGGCUACUACCGGAACCUCGCCCUGGGCCUGCACGUGGAGGCCGAGCCGUCCGUGUUCUUCACCCGAGUCAGCACUCUCCCUGCAACCAGCACCCGGCAGUGCCAUCUGCUGCUGGACGUCUUCAACGCCACGGAGCACGAGCUGACCAUCAGUGCCAGGAGCAACGAGGAGCUCAUCCUGCACGCAAGCGAGUGCCAGCGGAUGGCCAUUCAAGUGGACAAGUUCAGCUUCGAGAGCGUCCCAGAAUCUGCCAGGGAGAAGGGUCCGCUUGCAAGCCCCAGUCAGCUGGAAGAAGAGAGGCAGGAAGCACGUGGCCUGGAAAUCCACAGCAAGCUGGGCGUCCACUGGACGAUCCCAUCCCUCAAGCGCCGCGGGGAGGCGAGCGUGGAGGGGCUGCUCACUCAGCUGGUCCUGGAGCACCUGCAGCUGGCCCCACUGCAGUGGGAUGUACUGGUGGACGGGCAGCCUUGUGACUGUGGGGUGGCGACCGCCUGCAGCGUGGGGGACCCCGUGCGCCUGGAGGUACGCCUGACCAACCGGAGCACGCGCAGCGUGGGGCCCUUUGCGCUCACCGUGGUGCCCUACCAGGACCACCAGAACGGUGUCCACAACUACGAGCUGCACCACGCCGUCUCCUUCGUGGGCUCCAGCACCUUCCACCUGGAGGCGGUACAGCCUUCGGGGCAGUCGGCCUGCCUGGGGGCCCUGCUCUUCCUGUACACAGGCGAGUUCUUCCUGCACAUCCGCUUCCAUGAGGAUAACUCGAGCAAGGAGCUGCCGCGGUCCUGGUUCUGCCUGCCCAGCGUGCACCUGAGUGCCCUGGAGACGCGGGCCUGA